CAUAUUAGAUAGACAUUAUAUUGCUGCGGACGGAGUCGAGGAAGGGGAACAGUACUCCAGAUGAAUAGGGUACUCAUGCCGCAGUAGUCAAUUUGCAAAACACUCGAAUAACUACUAUAUGGUUGACGGUAAGUAGCUGGGUCAGACAUCUCGGGCAGCGUAGUCCGAGGCGUGUUGUUUUCGUCGUUGUUUCGCUGAGUUGCCGGCAGACAUGACUUCCUUGGUUCAGCGGAGUUCGGGCCUCGUGCAGAGGCGGACCGAAGCCUCGCGCAGCGCCGCCGACAAAGACCGUCCGUCGGGAGAGGAGGAGCACGAGCCCCGCCGGGCGGACGAACAGGACGACGAUGAUACCGGAGACUCCAAAGAAACACGGCUCACCUUGAUGGAAGAGGUGCUGCUGUUAGGACUGAAGGACCGAGAGGGCUACACCUCGUUCUGGAAUGACUGCAUUUCAUCAGGGUUGCGAGGAUGCAUGCUAAUUGAACUGGCCCUGCGAGGACGUCUUCACCUGGAAGCUUGUGGCAUGAGGAGGAAAGGUCUACUGGCUAGGAAGGUGAUUUGUAAGUCAGACGCUCCAACAGGUGAUGUGCUCCUGGAUGAAGCCCUAAAACACAUCAAAGACACCCAACCACCGGAGACUGUGCAGAGCUGGAUCGAACUGCUCAGUGGAGAGACGUGGAACCCUUUGAAGCUUCAUUAUCAACUGCGGAAUGUCCGUGAACGUCUGGCCAAAAACUUGGUGGAAAAAGGUGUCCUCACUACUGAGAAGCAGAACUUCCUGCUUUUUGAUAUGACAACACAUCCUUUGACCAACAACAACAUCAAGCAGCGCCUCAUCAAGAAGGUCCAGGAGGCCGUACUGGACAAGUGGGUGAAUGACCCACAUCGAAUGGACAAGCGGCUGCUUGCGCUCAUCUUCUUAGCUCAUUCGUCUGAUGUCCUGGAGAAUGCCUUUGCCCCACUGCUAGAUGACCAAUACGACCUGGCCAUGAAGAGAGUGCGGCAGCUGCUGGAACUGGAGCCUGAGGCGGAGAGCAUGAAGGCCAGCGCCAAUGAGCUGUUAUGGGCUGUGGUGGCCGCCUUCACCAAAUGAGGCUACCAGAAAGAGGACGGCAAGCAGUUGUGGCAUUGUACUUUGGGGUAGGAAUCAGAGUACUGACCCCAACAUGGUGACUUGACUGAUUUUCACCCCUGCCUGGAAUAUUGGAAUGGGCUGCCCUCUUUUCUCAUCCCUCUCCCUCCGUCAUUUUCUUUUCCUUCCAGAUAACUGUCCAUAUUGAUCCUUUAUGGCCCCGUUCCCCCUCCAUAUGUUGUUUGUGUUCACUUUUGCUAAAAAUGAUAACUCUCAUGGAGCAUUGAAUUAAGUGGUAGGUGAUGAUAACGGUGAGGCCAAAAUCAAGAUGUCUAUUCAUAUCCUCUUUAUUUUCUAUUGCAUAUAUCUUUGGAACUGUUUCUUAGAGGUACAGUAUGUUUGGCACAGGUUACUCAAGGUAGCAUCCUGACACAGUUGAGACUAAAAUAAUACACAGACCCAGGAACAGGGCAGUGAUGCUGUAUAAAAAAAGGAAGGUUAGAUGCUCCUCAUAGCAAGUCUAUAAAUGGAUAUCUUCAAUCGAAUGUGAUUGAAGCGUAGGGGUAUGAUGUAUUUGGUGUCAUAACAUUCUUUGACUUUUUAAGUAUUGUGAGAAAAGUAAUGUGGUCAGAUCUGAAAGCGGACUGAUGCCUCUUAAUCCAUCCAUUGUAUUUACCUGCUUAUCCUUUGCAGGGGUGCAGGGGGCUGGAGACUUUCACAGCUUAUACUGGCUGGGGUAGAGGUACACUCUGGACAUGUCACCAGUAUAUCAUAGGGCUGACACAUAGAGACAGACAGCCAUUCAAACCUGCAGGCAAUUCAGUUUCCAGUUCACCUGACCUGCAUGUCUUUGGACUGGUGGGGGUUGGGGUUUGGGGGGAGCCCAUGCAGGCACUGAAUCCUAACUCCACUCAACUGCCUGCUGGAUUCAAACUGAAGAUUUUCUUGGUGUGAGGCAACAGCACUAACCACUGAGCCACCGUGCCACUCUACAUUCCAUCUCUUCAGGCUUACAGUUGUACGGAAGAUCAUUAAUUUGUCAACAGGACAAUAAGCCUACACAUGCAUGGACACAUACAGUCCCAGGAAGAUGGAUUGCUGACUUGUGUAACUUGUAAGUUACAAAGACGUCAGUCCCAUUGAAUAUUUUGGGAAAAACUUUUUAAAGUGAAAAGCCAAAAUAUGGAGAAUAUCAUCAGUCUAAGUAGUUAAGGGCAUUGGGUAAAAUAGUUUAGGAAUAACACAAGUUCUGACUUGAUGGAAGGAAAAAUAAAAAUACUAAAUGUUAAUGAACCUUUCUGUCAUCAAUAAGUGAAAAUAGGUAAUGCUCUUUAAACUAUCCUCUGGCCAGUUUUUUUUUCCCUUUGCAAUGAAACAUAAAUUUUGUUGAAGGACUUGGAUUGUAUCUCCUCUGGAUGCACUGUCAAAAUGUGUUUAUGUCCAAUAUAAACCAGGUUACGUUCAGCAUUCCAGUAUGUCCUAUCUGAAUGGAAAGAUUUGUAAGCAAAUGAAUCUAAGUCUGCAUUCAGCGUCGUCUCCUUGAUAAAACAAAUGGCUCUAAAAAUGUGAAAAUCAUGGGAUUUGGUAGAAUCAGGUAAUGCAAUUUUAAAAACUGUGCUAGCCGAUCCUGGCCAGGGAAAAAACAUUGCAUUAGCAGCUGUUGAGGUUCAAAUUUAAAUAUUUUAGUGGCAGAAACAAACUCAGGAAAGCAGACCCAAUCAAUGCCAUCUGCCUUUAUUAGCAAAAUUCAAACAGACCUAUAGUUUUCACUUAUUAGUGGAUUUAAAUAGAAUUGCAAAUUAAGUAAUCUGCAGGUCUAAAUGCAGAAUAAAUGCAUUUAUGAUCUUCUCAGCUUUUCGGUUUGUGUAUGCUAGCUGAACUUGAUUUUAGAAACAAAACACCUUCAAGUCAUUCACUUAAGACAUUUUGGGAUAAAUAUGCGUAUGAAUGUGAAGAUGAAUAUAAAUUUCAGCUCUUGUCGAGUACAGAGAAGUCCAGGAAAUGUUCAGUUGCAUUAAACAGACCGGAUCACACAUGUACUGCUACCGUUAAUCCCUUAAAUAUGAAAAUGAAGUCUUGUAAUUUCCAAAACUGUCUCAUUUACUUGGUUUAAUAUGGUAUAUUGCCUGUAUCCCAAACCCAAUUCUUGACUCAACUAGCUGACCAGCUAGCACACAAUAUGCAUUAUAUAAAUCAGACGGCUCCAGGGUUGUCGGAAGAGGUUUUAUUAUUUUAUUGAAUGCAGCGGGACUAGCAGUUUCCCCCUGCCUUUUAAAGCUUGGCUAAACAUAUUCCAGAAUUAUCAGUAUCUUUAAAGCAUAGAGAUGAAAUGAAUAUUGAUCUUCUCAUGUGAGCAUGGGCUCAUGGCAGAUAAGUGCAUUUCCUAAACUGUCAGCAAUGCUUAAAUGUGCAGACAGUCUUAACUUUGCAGUUACUUGUGAAUGCUAUCCAAAUAAAUCCAUUGUAUUGACUAAACUUAAAAAAUAUAAUGUAUUAUCCAACACUCUCACCAAAGUCUAAUCAGAAGAAUCAAAAGAUGGGCUCACAUUCCAGAUGUUGAUGUAUAUACUUGUGUAUUUGUGUUAGGCACAAAUUUAAAGGACAUUUUGUCACAAUUGCACUGUCUGCUUUCCAAAAUGUAUCAUGGUUCAGCUGCACUGUCUUUCGAAAUGUCGGACAUUGUGCUCUAAAACAUUCAUCAAAGCCUUUUCACCAACCAUACCUUGCUCUUAAUUUCAUAUUGCCUCGAUUUUUAUGAAUUUUAUUUUCACAUUUAACUGUUCUGUUUUAACAUAACUUUUGCUACAAAACCUCAUGGAUCUUGUGAAAGACAUUGCUUUAUUACAGACAA